UCCGUGCGCAACGUCCGCCCGAUUUACCUCGGCAAGUUAUAGAGCGUCAUCAUCAAACUUAUCAGACUCCGUUGUGUUGAUCCCAUUCCGGACAAAUCUCAUCUCGUUCCACAUUUGCAUUAAGAGCAAGAGCGUUUGUGCUGCCAUCCCAACCCCAAAUAAGCUCCUGAAAAUCAGCCAAAAUCAGCCAUGGACUUUUCCAAAUACGGCCCCGCUGAUCCAGAAUGGACGGCCUACGCCGCCACCCUCCCGCCGCGCCCGACCUUUGACAGCCAGGACGCAGAAAAGGCCCACUAUAACGGCUUGCGCGAGAAGCUGGCGGCGGCGGGAAUCGCGGCAUUUGAUGGCAAGAUUGUCACGCACGACUACACCAUCCCCACGCGCGACGGCGCCUCCAUCCCCGCCCGGACGUACCGGCACAAGGACCACGAGGCCACCCAGGGGCCCGGCGCCGUGUACAUCCACCUGCACGGCGGUGGCUUCUUCUUCGGCACGCUGGCGUCCGAGGACGGCAUCUGCUCCCGCAUCACCGCCGACACGGGCGCGCUGGUCCUCAACGUAGACUACCGCCACACGCCCGAGUUUGCCUACCCGACCAUGUACCACGACGUCCAGGAUGCGUUUGCCUGGCUGCACCAGCAGAUUGCUUCCGACGAUCCGGUGCUUGGCGGCGGUCGCUUGGACCCGAAAAAGGUUGUCAUCGGCGGCAUCUCGGCCGGCGGGCAACUGACGGCGUCGCUGGUCGUUGCGCACCACGUCAAACUGCCGGGCUGCGAGAUCCUGCAUGACCUCCCCGCACCAGCAGGCCAGGUGCUGAUGAUCCCGCCCGUCGUGGCCCCGCAACACUACGAAAAGAUCCAAGCGGCACUCGCCGGUCCCAGUUCGAUGGUCGAGUGCGCAGAGGCGCCCGUGAUCCCAGCGUGGAGGAUAAAGUUCUUCAUGGACCUGAAGUUUGGGGACGUCGAGCCUGGGCCCGAGGACUUUGUGGUGAGCCCCGGCAACGUGCCGGUCGAGAAGCUCAAGGGUCUUCCACCAACAACAUUUGGAGUGUGCGGGAUGGAUCCGCUGAGGGACGAGGCGCUCGUGUGGGCAAAGUGGUUGACGGAGCAGGGCGUACCGACCAACAUUCAUGUCAUCCCUGGUUUCCCCCACGGAUUCAGGGCUAACGGUGCCAGGCUGUCCGAGAAGGCGUGCAAGCGCUGGGACGACAUUAUGCAUGGUGGUAUCAAGUGGGCAUUGUCGGAGCCCAAGGCAACUGGCGUUUUUGAGAUAAAAGAGCAGUGAAAGCCUCGGGCGAUGCGGAACUACCCGUUGUAAACAGGUAACACAAUCAAUAUUUGACAAAGAAAGUUAAUGACCUUGAUCAAAGAGAUCUUGACCC